CUUCUGUAAGACUCGCAGAGUAUACGAGAAGUGAAUUCAAUCUCUUGUUGGAAAAUCCAUGAAAUCCUAUGAUAGUCUCGUUUACGCAUUGAAAGUCCCAUUAAGUGAGAGACAAUGCCAUCACCAGAAGAGCGGACCGGUGGGGAGGAAAAGUGUGGCUCAACGCUGUCAUCGCGCACUUCUUCGGUUGAUUCUUCGUAUAACAUAGAGGAGGAACACGACCCGCAAUACCAGGACUCCAUUCAGCCCAGCCUUAACUUCUCGCGUUUGGCCUACAAUUUGGCCCAAUUUAAUGAGACCUAUGAAGUGAUUCACAGCACAUCCCAUCCGAGUCGCAAACUCAUGUCCGCCGUGAGGGACACCUGUUCUCACGACACCGUCAAACAGACCAUCAAAACGUUGCUUCCCAUCACUGAUUGGCUCUAUAACUAUAACUGGAAGUCCGAUCUGUUGGCCGACUUUAUUACUGGCGUUACAAUCUGUGUAUUCCAAGUGCCGCAGAGUAUGGGCUAUAGUUUGUUAGCUAAGGUCAGUCCUGUCUAUGGCUUGUAUUCAUCCUUCUUUCCGGCGCUCAUCUAUUCAUUUAUGGGCUCUUCGAGACACUCAGCUAUCGGCACAUUUGCAAUCGUGUCACUAAUGACGGGCACAAUAAUCAGCGAAAUGCACGAAACAAACGCUAACCCACUAGUGAACCAAACAAACACCGAUCCAUCGACACAACAGAGACAAUAUUCAAACAUACAAAUGGCUUCAAUGAUCGCAUUACUGAUAGGCAUAUAUCAGCUAUUGUUUGGCAUCUUUCGGAUGGGCUUCAUAUCGGUGUAUAUGUCGGAACAGUUGAUCAGUAGUUUCAUAACCGCUUCAUCAUUCUAUGUGCUCACAUCACAGAUCGGUUACAUGUCUGGCCUUCAUCUCGAGUCUCGAAGUGGACCGCUUUCUCUCUUCUAUACUUAUAAGGAAUUUUUCACAUCCUUAUGGAAGGCGAACACCACAUCGAUGUUUGUUUCGCUCAUCUGUAUUAUUAUACUGUUGUUCUUUAAGUUGUAUUUGAACAAUAAGAUCAAACAGUGGACCAAACUCAACAUCCCGUUCCCCAUUGAGUUGGUGUUAGUGGUCGGCACUACUUUCAUGACUUACUUUUUUAAACUGGAUAUCGAAACUGUGGGUAAGAUUGUUACCGGACUUCCCUCGCCGUCAGAGCCCGAGUGGUCUCUAUUGCCGAAACUGUGGCUCCGAUGCAUACCCUUAGCGAUUGUCGCCUACGCUAUCACUUAUUCAACGGGAAAGACAUUCGCCACUAAACAUAACUAUGAAAUCAACUCAAAUCAGGAACUAUUGGCCAUUGGAACCACUAAUGUCUUCAGCUCUUUCUUCUCGUGUCUGCCGACAGCCGCGUCUCUCUCCAGAAGUGCAAUUCAGGAGACUGUGGGCGGAAGGACUCAAAUGGUGAGCAUUGUUAACAGUUUGGGAAUACUGUUUGUUCUCCUAUACUUCGGACAAUAUCUCGAGAAUCUCCCAAAAUGCGUUUUGGCGGCAAUUAUUUGUGUGGCACUCAAGACAUUGUUUGCUCAGGUCUUUGAUGUGAUCAGAUUCUGCAGAGUUAACAAACUCGAUGGGUCUAUUUGGAUCGUAACGUUCGUAGCGGUGAUUGUGCUUAACGUAGACAUUGGUCUCUAUGUAGGUCUGGCCUAUUCGUUGGUCACUCUUAUUUAUAAAUCUCAAAGACCGAAGCACUACUUAUUGGGAUCCAUUGAUAAGUCCGAUGUUUACGUACCGUUGAAGAAGUACGCGUCCGCUCACGAAGUGAUGGCCAUUAAGAUAUAUCAGUUUUGCGGUCCUUUGCAUUUCGCUAAUGUCGAGUACUUUAAGAAAGGUCUCACUUAUAGGACUAAGAUAUCCGUUAAUCAUGUGAUUGAAAAGAGGAAAAAGUUAUUAAAAACUCAGAACCGACUCAACGAUGACAUGAAAAAUAAGGCCAAACUAUGCGGAAAAUUUCAGAGAAUGCGUACCUUUUCUCGCGAUUCUCCCCAACUGUCCAUCGAUGAAGACCUGCCCACACAUAUUAUCAUCGAUUGUUCAAUGUUUUCAUACAUCGACACCACAGGCGUGACGGCCCUCAAGACCACUGUUCAGGAGUACGAGUCGAUCGGAAUCAAGACAUUUCUGGCGAGUUGUGCGGCACAUGUGGUCAAAAUGUUGGAGAAGGACGGCUUCUAUAAGGAGGUGCCGCCCCAUCACGUCUACAUCACAGUCCACGACGCCGUCCAUCACGCCAUUGAGGAACAGAAGGGAACGUUUGAACACUUUGUGGCCAUCGAUGCCAUCGGAGCCGAAGAGAAUCACAACGAACUCAAACACGAACCGCUUGAAUAUCACACACUUAACACGGAUGUGAACCUCAAAUAA